AUGGAGAUGAAGAAGAUUGCUUGCGGUGUGCUUUUCGCUGCUGCCUCCAUGACCGCCGUCAUGGCUGCUGAGGAAGUCGGAGCUCCGGCACCAGGACCCUCAUCCGCCGCCUCGGCUGCAUUGCCUGCUCUCGGCUCUUUGGUUGGGGCUUCCCUUGUCAAAAAGAAGAAGAAGAAAGAAGUGGAGAUCCAUUUCCAGAAGAAUGGGAGCUUAUUGUUGGAGGAACUCAUAGCAACUUCAGGAGGUAAGUACAAUCCCAUCCGUAUGUUUUCCUCCAACCAAAUCCUUCAAGCUACAAACCACUUCGACUGGAACUACGUAAUCUCUGAAGACAGAUUCGUGUGGUUCAAAGGCAUAAUUGAAAACAGGUGCGUACUCAUCAAGAAAUUCCAAGACUGUUCCCUUUUCGACGCUGACAACUUUUACCGUGACAUUGCGGUCUCAUCAUUGAUGAGUAGCCACAAGAACGUUCUCAAGCUCUUAGGCUGUUGUCUAGAGUUUCCUCACCCGGUUCUCGUAUGUGAAUACCCUGAGAAUGGAGCUCUUAACGGUAUAAGACGCGCAAAGCCAUUUCCUUGGAAUGUGAGAUUGAAGAUCGCUAAGGAAAUUGCAGAAGCUGUAACGUAUCUUCACACCGAGUUCCCAAGAACUAUAAUCCAUAGGGAUCUAAAGCUUGCAAAUAUCUUCUUGGACGAGAAUUGGUCUGCCAAGCUCUCUUCUUUCAGCCUCAGCGUACUGAUUCCAGAAGGAGAAUCUGGCGUGAUUGACACGGUUUGCAGGACAUCAAGCUAUAUAGAGCCAGAUUACUUCAAAACAGGUUUGGUAACUGAGAAUGUCGACAUCUAUAGCCUUGGGAUCAUCAUGCUGAUUCUUUUGACAGGAAGGUCUGAGUACACUUCGGAAGUCGCUGUUUAUCUUCCUGUGUUGCCUGUCUACGCUGGGAAGUUGCUGGACCAAGGUCUGUUGACUGAGCUGAUAGACCCGUCCACGUUGGAAAGCGUGAAUGACGACAUCCCCGAGCGUCUAAGACAGCAUAUGGAAGCAUUCAUUGAGCUUGCUUUUAGAUGUGUAAGAUUCAGACCAGGAGACAACGUGCAAGUUCGUAUGAUAGACAUUGCAAGAGAACUCAAGAAGAUAGAGAAUCAUAAUAUUUGA